AUGGCUGGCGAAGAGGCAUCGUCGACACCGUCGACCAGCAAACCCGAGGCUGCUGAGGUACCGCAGCCCUCUACGUCUAGCGAACAGCCUACACAGACCACGCAACCUCCACCAGCGGAGGUAGUUCCCCCUCAGACUUCGCAGUUCGGUCCAGUAACUGAGGAUAGGUCCGAAUUGCUUUCUCGCGCCCGUGGAUUCUUGACUUCGCCGCAAACAUAUGCUCAAGACUUGCAUGCGAAGCGCCGCUUCCUCACCGAAAAGGGCCUGAGGGAUACCGAAAUCGAUACCUUGCUUCGGGAGUUGCCACAGCAGGCGCCCAUCGUUCCGCCGCGCACAUACCCUCCUGUGCCGCCCUCUGCGCUUCCCAACCUCAUCAUCGGUCUGUUGAGGGUCUUCUCAUGGGUCCUCGGGGGUUCGGCCGCUCUCAUAUUCCUCUAUCAUCGAUUUCUUCUUCCACGGAUAGCCCGUACCUCCAUAGCCCGGCAAUCCCUCAAAACGCACCACCUAUCAUUGAUUCGGAAACUAACAACAGAUCUCGCGGUGUUGAAAGAAGCACAGUCAGAGUCAUAUUCCAUCUUGCCACGCCCCGAACCAUUCAAAGAACCAGAAGAGUUCUCUACGUGCACUUCGAUUGACGCAAUUCUGGCGAUUAACUCUUUGCCAGACAAAAUACCGCCCAUUACGCUGCUAAGAUGUGCUAUCGCCGAUUUCUCCAUCUCCAAACUACACCGUGAGGAAAACCCAAACACGGAAGAGUUGUUCCAAGUGAUGGAGGCCAAGUUCCCCUCGCUGACUACACCAGAGGGAUCUGCGGUCGAAAAUAAUCUAUGGGAAACCCUGACCACCUGCCCUCUGUUCGAGGGAAAGCCAGAAGGAAACUCCUCCAACGACGUGCCCAGGCAGACGCACUGGACGUAUAAUUCACCAGAAAUACCGGCUCCCACUCCGCUCAAGGAUUCGCUCCAGGCUCUGUCUGCUGCCAUGCCAAAGCUCCCCAAGGCGCCCUUGCCUUCGAGUGCAGUGCAGAACACGCUGCAGACGCUCAGCAACUUGACUGGGUACAUCAGCACACAGGUUUAUCUGCCAUAUCGUCCGCCUGGUCAUAGUUUGGGACCUGCUGAAGAUGAGAUGCGAAGAGAAAUUCGGGCAUUGAAGGGGCUGGUUCUAAAUCGACGGUCUUUCAUGCCUUCACUACCGCGGACGAAUACGUACUCAUAA